AUGGCUACACAGGAGUUCCUGGAGAACUGUGAAGUCCAUAAGGGGAAGAAACUUAAACUGUUUUGUGAGGACCACACCCAACUUCAGUGCUCAAAGGUUACCUUGAUUGCUGAUACCACUCUGUCUGCAUCAGACCAUCAAAAGCUGACAGCCAAGAUUACCUUGAUUGCUGAUACCACUCUGUCUGCAUCAGACCAUCAAAAGCUGACAGCCAAGAUUAACACCAUUCUGGAUCAACUUAUGAAGCUGCAAACAAACUGGGAGAGCAACCUGAAGUCACUGCAAGUGUCAUAUGAAGAGAGGCUUAAAGAGGUGAGAAAUAUGAGAGACAGAAUAAAUGCAACCUUAGAUAAGCUGGAGAAGACCACCUUGGAGGAAAUGAAUGAACUGAAGACCAGCUGGAAUGCGUCUCUCAAGUUUGAUGUUGACACAUGCUCCAGGCUUCGUACUGAGCUGACACGUCUCAAUGAUGCAAUACGAAACAUUGGCAAAAAGAACAAAGAGUUAGCCUUUAUAGCGCAGCAGAAAAGUGAAGAGAUGGUUAAACAAGUAGAAAAAUAUCUGAACAACAAUUCAAUACAAACAGAAGUGUCCUUAAAGUUGGUUGUUUACAAUGACAUUGAAAAGUUUUUAUCCAAACAAUCCGGUAUUGGCAAUACUAUACACAUUACAAAGGAAUUGGCCAUGCAGGGGAGCUCAGACCAGGCUAUCAUAGUCACAGGGGCAACUCCAGUUAGUGUGAGAAUAUCAAGUGAUAUUAGAAUGUCAUAUACUAUCUAUGGAAUAUGUGGUCUGUUCAAUGGUCAGAUACUUGUUGCAGAUGGUGAUAAUAAAAGAUUGAAGCUGUUGAACCUGCAGCAAAAUGUGGUCAGUGUCUGUGAUAUGUCUGGCUGUCCAUAUAACAUGUGUCUUAUCACCCCCUGUCAGGUAGCAGUCGCUGUGGGCAGUAGUAUACAGUUUGUCUCGGGGGACCUCUAUGUGACCUCCGGUACUGCUCUGUACAAGUACACCCUCACCGGAACACUUGUGAACAAGAUGUAUGAGGAUACAUUUCGUUAUCUGACAGUCGGGAGAUGUGCAGUGAGUCCCAGUGGUGACAGGAUCUAUGUUACAAACUAUGAACACCACAAGCUCCUCACUCUGGCCAGGGAUGGGACUGUUAUCUCCACCUUCACUGACACAGAACUACAACGCCCAUGGGGAGUUCAUGUGACACCUGCAGGACAAGUGCUAGUUUGUGGACACUUCUCCCACACUGUCAUACAGGUGGACAGAGAGGGCAAGAAGAAGAUUGCAACACUGGCUACACAGAAGGAUACAAUUAAAUACCCUCUAUCAGUCUUUUAUAACUGGAAAUCUGGCUCUGUCAUUGUGGGACAAAAUGAUAAAGAGAAUAUCCUGGUGUUGAAUAUAAAAUGA